AUGACUAGUAUGGCCACUAAAUGUGUCGUCGUCUACAACAAAACACCGCGCUCAUCUUGCAUGGAGUUCAAUGGCGACUUUAUCCCAUUGCUUAGUACCCCAGUCCUCUCAAGAGCCGCCGUCGCCAUCCGCGGAACCUCCCGAUUACGCGAGAUGCUUGGCGUCACUUACAAGGCGCAUGGAAAAGUGGCUCGCGGGGGUAAUGGUCUAGAGUUUCACUAUGUCGAUGCUGUCAUCUCGGACUCGCCAAUGGAGAAUGAGUUUGAGAUUGGCGAGCCGGUGAAAAUCAGUGGCACCGGGACGAUAUGCGAUGUCAAGUCUUACAGGUCAAGAUUUAUGGGUACUGCCGUCAUUACGGAAGUUACAGUGGAGCAUAAAGAAGAGACCGCUCCAUUGAACCCGUUCUUAGCCAGAUAUAUUAUUGAUGAAUCAGUUAUUGCGGGGAAAAUCUUCGGUGGUAAUUUGACGGGCGCAGAAAAUCAAAUUGAGGAUUAG